GUACUACUUAUCAUUUUCAUGUUAAGAAAACCCAGAAAAAACCUAGGAUUUGGAUCGAAAUUUUCUGAUGAUCCGACGGUUGACAUCAACUUACUGCUCUCACCUUAUAAUCGAACCGUCGAUAAUCCCCGAAGUUUCGGGUUGAGUUGUACUCCCUAGCCGAGCCUUCAUCUCUAUAUCUCGCCCGUUUCAGUAAAACCCCUGUCUAGGGUUUUAGCAAUACACUCGCUUCAACUAUUUCUCCCAAGAAAUGGCUUUCCUCGGCAAAGUUCGUGGCUUGCUACAGCAUAAAAUAACUAACAAUGUCGGCCGUGAAGUAUCAGCAUCUACACCAUUCCUAUUCCAAGCUAUACGGUGCAUGUCGUCAAAAAUCUUUGUUGGAGGACUUUCGUAUCAGACUAGUGAAGAUACCCUGCGGCAGACGUUUGAAAAGUAUGGACAAGUGUAUGAAGGUAUUAGUCCUCAUAAUCGGCAAGCACUAUUUAGUUCUAUUUUAGCUGAACUGUCUGAUUGUCAUCUACUACAAUAAUCCUAUGUUUCUGCCUAAUUCGUCUCACAGGCUGUGUAAAACAUAGUCUGCCAGGAAAAAGAAAAACCAAGAAGAGAAUUUGUGAAUAAGAGGAAUGCAUUUGAGGGGGUUGACCUAUUUUUUGAGUCCAUAUGUUAACCCUCUUGCCAUGGAUUUUGAGGCUACCAUUGUUAUAUGGAGAUUUUUGUGCAAGUUUCUUGCAUUUUUUUGCCUGUGUAUGUUGCCUUUGUUUGUUUAUAGUUGAUGAACUAUUUUGCAUGGGUAAAAUAACUUGGUUCUUUCAAUUUCACCAAAAAUGGCUGCAGCUAGGAUCAUUCUGGAUCGUGAAACGGGGAACUCCAGAGGAUUUGGCUUUGUUACGUUUGAAAAUAGUGAGGCAGCCCGUUCUGCCAUCAUGGCCUUAGAUGGUCAGGACCUUGAUGGGCGUAGGUUAAAGGUAAGUCAUGCACAUGAUAGGGGACCGGGUUUUGGAGGUGGUAGAAGCUACAACAAUGCUGGUGGCAAUUUUGGAGGCGGUGGAGCUUACAACAACUAUGGCGGUGGUGGUAACUAUCAAGGUGGUGGAGGUUAUAGCAACUAUGGUGGUGGUGGCGGUGGCGGUGGUGGCAGUGGCGGUGGUGGUGGUAACUAUCAAGGUGGUGGAAGCUAUGGAAACUAUCAAGAUGGUGGUAGCUAUCAGGGUGGUGGAGGUGGCUUCAAUUACGGUGGUGGUGGCAACUAUCAAGGUGACCAGGUGAAUCUUAGUAACAAUCCUGGGUAUGGUACAACUGGCGGAGGCAGCUAUGACAGCAAUUAUGUUGGUGGUAAUGUUCCCUACUCAGGAGGCAAUCUUGACUCUAGUGGCAAUUUCAGCAGUGCAAAUGCUGGUUAUGCUGGUGCCAAUGAUCAGAGUUUUGGAGUUCCUCCUGCUAGUGAUAACUAUAAUGUUGAUGGAAGCAAUGUCGGCAGCAAUUUCAGUAGUGCUCCCUAUGAAAAUACCACAACCGGAUUCAACCAUGAAGUUAACAGUGAUAGCGGUUUUGAAAACGAGCCUGAUGAAUAUCAGGCCAGAAGGGCCUCGUAAUCACUUCAAGGUCUCUGCAAAUUCAGGAACUCGGUUGUCUUCUGGAUGGCUUUGCUCAGUUUGACCUACUAAAUCUCUCAUUUGGGAGUAUAUUGCAUUUACUGUUCCGAACAUCAAAGAUUAGAUUGUUUAGAUUAUGUUUAAAACUUGUUAUGAUCACAUCAAUUGGUGCCCAUUUCAACACUCAUAUUAUUUGGUACUAAGAAUGUGUAAUAACUCGAGCCAAACAGGUUAUGUUCUUGAACCUGGUCAGAACUAUGUAGUAUUAUCCUUAGUAUUUGGAAUUCUUUGCCAAUUUACAGCCUGAAUCUGUUCUGAGCAACUGAGCAACUUGUAAUGGAAAAAUAAUACUCCCUCCAUCUCACAAUUAUUGUCCAGUUUGGGUUUUCAUUUCUAGUUCGAAUUGUACUAAAAGUGAAAUCUCAAAUUGGACAAUAAUUUUGGGACAGAGA